UGGUGGGGCUAAAAGAGGACCGUCCUAAGAUUGACAGACACGUUGUUAACCAGGUCUUCAUUCUAUCUUUGCAUUGAGCGAGAAGGUUCUAGAGAUACCCUGUUUCGAGGGCGUCUCAUAUUUCCCCAGAGGAUUUAUUACUCCUCAUUCGUAAAGGCUUGACUACUACGCUAUACGUCGCAGCUGCUGGCUGCCUGCGAUUCUUCUUGAGUACGACCAAAACAGCUCUCCCCUGCUGCUGCAUACUUCAUUUGCGUCUCAGGGCGACCAGCGGUGUGUUUAUGUCUUUAUUGUACGAAAACGAGCUGUUGCGCAGCUGUUGGAACCUGUGUGGGACACACGUAAUCUGCAAGCAAGGAAACCACAGCCUCGGGGGCAAAAUCUUUUUCAUGUCAGAGACCGAGUACUCUUGCAGCCGUUUAUGUCAUCCACUCUUCUCCAGACAGAAGAUACCAAAAAAUCUCCAUCAAAGAUCUUUUUACCUUACUGACAAAUCUGACACAGAGCCAAAAUGUCUGUCAACGUUAACCGCAGCGUGUCAGACCAGUUCUAUCGCUACAAGAUGCCCCGUCUGAUUGCUAAGGUGGAAGGUAAAGGAAAUGGAAUUAAGACAGUUAUAGUCAACAUGGUUGACGUUGCAAAGGCAUUGAACAGGCCUCCGACGUAUCCCACCAAGUAUUUUGGCUGUGAGCUGGGCGCUCAGACCCAGUUUGAUGCCAAGAAUGACCGCUACAUUGUCAACGGAUCUCACGAGGCGAACAAGCUGCAAGACAUGCUGGAUGGAUUCAUUAGAAAAUUUGUCCUGUGUCCUGAGUGUGAAAAUCCUGAAACUGACCUGCAUGUCAACCCCAAGAAGCAAACCAUUGGUAACUCCUGCAAGGCCUGUGGUUACCGUGGCAUGCUUGACACACGACACAAGCUCUGCACGUUCAUUCUUAAAAACCCACCAGAGAAUGAUAGUGGAUGUGUCAAAAAGGAGAAAGAGAAGAAGAACCGAAAGAAGGACAAAGAAAAUGGUUCGACCGCAGGGGACACUGUGAACCAUGGUGAAAUUGAUGCACCUGAAGCUGUGGACCGUGAGGACGAGGACGAUGACUGGGCAGAAGAGACCACGGAGGAGGCACAGAGGCGCCGCAUGGAAGAGAUUAGCGAGCACGCCAAGAACCUUACGCUCAGUGAGGACCUUGAGAAGACCCUAGAGGAACGGGUCAACAUGUUCUACAACUUUGUCAAGCAAAAGAAAGAGAAUGGCACAAUUGACACAGCAGACAAGGAGAUCCUGGCAGAGGCAGAGCGACUGGAUGUAAAAGCUAUGGGCCCGCUGAUCUUGAGUGAGCUGCUUUUUGAUGAGAACAUCCGUGACCAGAUCAAGAAGUACAAGCGCCACUUCCUCCGUUUCUGUCACAACAACAAGAAGGCUCAAAAGUAUCUAUUGGGAGGCUUUGAGUGCUUGGUCAAGCUGCAUCAGGCCCAGCUGCUGCCACGCGUUCCCAUCGUGCUGAAGGAUCUUUAUGAUGCUGAUCUGCUAGAAGAAGAUGUUAUCCUGGCCUGGGCUGAGAAAGUGUCAAAGAAAUAUGUUUCUAAGGAGCUUGCCAAAGAGAUCCAUGCCAAGGCAGCUCCCUUUGUCAAGUGGUUGAAAGAGGCAGAGGAGGAGAGUGAAGGGAGUGAUGAAGAGGAGGAUGACAAUGAUGAAAAUGUGGAGGUGGUCUACUCUUCCUCGGCUCGUGAACUGAAGGUGGAAACUGUGAAACAGGAGAAUCCUGACAACAAGGAAGAAGACAUUGAUAUUGAUGCCAUUUAAAAAAGCUGCUGUUUUGUGCUUUGAAAGGCUUCUAUCUGCAGUGUAGUUCCUAGGGGCUUGCAUCCACCUAUGCUUCCAUCUGUAUCUGUUGCAGCAGGUUGCUAUUGCUUUGACUGUCAUGAGUUAACUACUUAAUCACAUGGUAAAGGGUUUGCAGUCUUGCAGCUUAAUUAUUGGUUUAUGGGCUGUUAAUUGCAUGUGACUUUUCCUUCUUGAGUUUGAAAGAAUAUUUUGCUAUUUUUGUCUUGUUUAAUCAAAUUAAAAACAAUUAAUGCAA